AUGGUAACGGCACUAGAGAGUCUGGGUCAAAGGCGAAUGCACAUCCUGUCAAUAGGAGCAUUGCACGUCCGUCUCACACGCACCGCCCUCGUCACCGAUCUCAGUACCAAGGGACCGAUUCGCCAGAACGCCAUCGCCCGAAGAUUCCGGCGCGGAAGAGAUUAUGCUCUCGCCAAUCCCUACCAGGGAGACCAGCCCCAACUCGAGUUCACAAUAUCAACUACACCCUCCGAAGGCUGGGAAUCGAAAGACGGCAACCAGGACGACGAGGCCGAUGAGGCCGGAGACAUCAAGCACGGCGAUGGCAUUGUUCCAUCCCACGGUCUGGGCGACGAUGAUCUCUCAAACAGCAACACCACGAAGGGCAAGGGAAAACCCCGGGAGCCCGAUAGGGUCCACGUGGAUAAUCCCGCCGAGAUCGAGUUCGGCGGCGAGGAACCCUACAUGGCAGGUGACGACGAUGAAGACGAGGAAGAGGACGAGGAAGAUCAGGAUGAGGUCGAAGGCGAAUGA